AGCGAAAGGUGGAGUGGUCUGAGAGCCGGGCAAAGCCGACCGACCCCGCGCGCGCGAGAGAGAGAAGAGCAAAAGGCGGCGCCUUAUCACGGUCGCCUCGGCCUCUUCCUCUCCCUCCAUCUUUCGCGUCGCAUUGUGGUUGUGCGCGCCUUGGGAGCUCUCGGCUUCUUCCCUUCCCGGCCGUUCUUGGCAUCUUGCCCCUGGCGGGCUUGGCGGGCUUGGCAUUCUCUCGCAUCGCUCGUCUUUACCCGCCGGUCUGGUCUGGGUUCCCUUCUCCCGGAGCUGCUUGUCUCCGGCGUGCUCCUCUUUGAUGAGCUGCUGCUGCUGGUGGUUGGUGCUGUGAGUCACUUGGGGGUAUAAGAGGGAAGGAGGGAGGGCCGGGUGCCGAGGAGUCGGUGGCAUUGUGCAUGGAGGGGGCGGAGGGUUUGGGCUCGGCUCCGGCGGCGGCGCAGCAGCAGCAGAUACGGGUGGUGCGGUGCCCCAAGUGCGACAAGCUCCUGCCGGAGCUGCCCAAUUACUCCAUCUACGUCUGCGGCGGAUGCGGCGCCACCCUCCAAGCUAACAAGAAUUCAGCAUCUGAUACUUCUUCAGAGAAGUCUGAUUCUGAACAUGUGAAGUACCUUCAAGUUCUUGAGAGUUUACCAGAUAAGAAAGGAGUAGCAUCUGAAGCUAGUUGUGCUGUCCAAGAAGCUGACGCCACUAAAGUUGAAGCUAGGCCAGGAGAGAGAUUUGUACCCAACAGAAUGGCAGCUGCACACAGCCAAUCUGGAUUCAGUUUUGAUGAUAACCGAACCAUAAGCACCGUGGUGCUUGAACCUGCGCUUAGAGAUGACAGCAGGGAAAUUCGGGAGGCAAAAUACCGGCGCGCUCGUCAUGAAGAAAAAGGAGCAGCAAAAGAACCAACGAGACUAAGAGACAGAUCUCCAAGGUCCGUGGUUAACAGCAUUGCCCCUAAUGCUUAUCCUGGAGAAGGCCCAUCUGAGUAUCAUAUGAAGCCGGGAUUCAGAAAUGCCAACGGUGAGCAUGCUGACAGGAGAAAUUCGGACGGUCCUAGCAGAGUUAACGGGCUUGAGAAAGACCGUUCUGAGCUAUUGCGGAUGCUUGAUGAGUUGAGGGACCAGGUGCAGAGAUCUUGUGAGAUCGCUGACAAGCCAAGUGGAAGUGCUUCCACAAAUAGAGUGGUGGAUGCCUCAAAUUCGCAUAAUCCUCAUGAGCGGCUGAGUCGACUGCGGUAUGGUUCACCUCAGCUGCAACGGGACGGUUCUCAGCGCUCACCAUCCUUGAAUGGGCAGACACCUGUUAUUCCUCAUGCUUAUCCUUCAGUGCCUGCACAGCAAGACCUUCAUGGAUAUCGGGAACCCGUCGCAAACAUGGCCCCCCCUAGCUAUCCUGUUGGCCCGUAUCCAUGGAGAAAUUUUGAUAAUUAUUUCCAUGGACAGUAUGCUCCUGACCCUCUGAUCUCUUAUCACCAUGACGGCUUCUACCAUCAGCCUGCUUGCACUUGCUUACAUUGUUACCACCGUGAGUUCUUACCAGUUCAUGGGGCUCCCCUGGGUUUCAACCAUCGCGGGGCACCAUAUCUUAUGAACAAUCCCAGCUUGUACCCUGUAGAAGGUCCAUUGAUGUUUGGUGCACAGAGUUACAAUCCAAGAGGUAUAAAUGCUUUGAUGCGACGCAAUCACAUGAGGGCCGCCAUGAGUAGAAAACCUCCACAGACUUGUGAACCAAUUGCCAAUGGUGCCCCAUUUACAAUAUGCUACAACUGCUAUGAGGUGCUGCAGCUUCCCAAGAAGUCUCUCUUGCUGGGGAAAGAUGAGUACAAGUUGCGUUGCGGUUCAUGCUCACAUGCAAUUGUGGUCAGACUUGAUGGAAGCAGGCUUGAUGUUUCAGCACCUACUCCAGUUUCACGCCUAUCAUCUGGAAGUAAAAAUUGCUCCAAUAAUGGCCAAGGAAGCAAUGGACACGAUGUUGAUUUGAGGCUGCUUCCAUCUUAUAGUUUUUCUGUAGGCAGUCAUUGCUCUCAAGAAAAAGAUCUACCCUCGAACUCAAGUGAAGCGGAUAAAAUGCAAAGCAUAUCAUCGUCUCCCAGCAUUUCUGAGGAUGAUAAUAGCCCAGCAAGAUCUAAUUCACAGAAGCACUCCUCUGGGUCUAGGGACCUUCCUCCUGAUGCUGAAGUGGUUAUCCGUGUUCCAAGUUUACCUCUCCGCGAUCAUUUUGGAUAUUCUCCAUCAGAGAGGGUGGUUCAUGGGUCAGGCAAAGGAAGCAGAAGUACCUGGUCUGAACACGAAAAGGGUGUGUUAACUGAAAGUUUCAAGCCAAACACAGUGAAAGACGUACCUGUAGCGAGCGUGUUAGACUUGUCAGAUGAUGAAUACGACGAUCCUGACUACAGUCAAGAUCCAGGUGCUGUGGCGAAAUAUGUCGACCACCCGAGGGCCACAAAAUCGGGUGAUUCUUUUUUCUCCAACCUGAUAAAGAAGAGCUUUAAAAUUAAUGGCGGAAUGGGCAAUGGCAGAGCUAAGGUUUUCAUCAAUGGCUAUCCCAUCUCUGAUCGUGCCGUCAGGAAGGCUGAGAAGAUAGCUGGGCCAAUCUAUCCCGGUGAAUACUGGUAUGACUACCGUGCCGGAUUCUGGGGAGUUAUGGGACAGUCCUGCCUUGGCAUGAUACUCCCAUAUAUUCCGGAAUUUAACUAUCCUAUGCCGAAGAACUGUGCUGGUGGAAAUACUGGUGUAUUCAUCAACGGGAGAGAACUUCAUCAGAAGGAUUUGGAUUUACUCGUGGGUCGUGGACUUUCAGAUUCUCCUGAUAGAUCAUAUAGAGUUGAAAUUUCUGGUAAAGUAUUCGAUGAAGUAUCUGGUGAAGAGCUUUAUUGCCUUGGCAAACUUGCACCAACGGUGGAGAAAAUGAAACGCGGUUUCGGCAUGCGAGUCCCAAGGAUCAUCCAGUGAGGCUGAAAGGGGCUCGAACCGACCGGAGGCUCGGUGAUGGUGGUUGUCAGCCGAGUUGAUGGAUCCACCCGUAGGAUCCCAGAUCGUUCCGUCCUGUUCUCUUCUGAAGCUAGUCUUCUUGCGUGCCGCCGCCUGCUUGCUGGCUCGCCUGCCUCUGGUUAUUUUGCUGCAAGAAGGAAGGGUGUCCCGUGUGAUGUAAUUUUGCUGGCGUCUGUGGAUUGGGGAAACUUUGCAAUACAAGUUUCGUGUCGUGUAACGUGUCUAUGAAUUGUUAAAUGUGUAUGUCUACGAAUUGUACUGUUGUUUUUUUAAAAA